UCGUGUUUAUGUACAGUGGCGCGCGCGAAUCCGUCGGUCGUCGAGGAAGGUCGCCGGUCGAUUUUGAACAAGUUCAAGUUCUAAGCGAAAACAAGAAGAAAGAGAUAUUGGUUGAUAGAUAGAGGAAACUCUUCGUACCGGAGAGAAAAUGUCAAGUUAUAUUUUGCAGGCGACGUUAAUGGUACUAUUAACGUUCCUAACCGCAGAAUGCAAGAAACCACCUGGAUACGUGGCCCCUCCCAAAGAAUACGACCCGAAUCCUCCAAAAUAUCAGUACGGUUAUAAAAUUCAGGAUGAAAAAACGAUUCAGGGAAAAGAUGAAGAGCGAGAUGGGAUUUAUGCACAAGGAAGAUAUUAUGUUGAAAACGGUCCAGAUAGUAGCCAAAGUGUAAAAUACUUCGCUGACGAGUGGGGCUACCAUCCCGUUGUAGAAUAUGAGAAUAAUGGACCGCACAGUAAAACCAGAGCCAGAUUCGUCUUAGGAGAGGAAGCAAUUAAACUAAAAAAUAAUCAGAAAACGUUUCCUGAAGAUCCUAAUGACCCCGGUAUAGCAAAUAACUUGGCUAAACUGGAUCCAUCUUCUAGAAACCCUCUAUCGUCAGUUAAACAACCAGUUAAUGUUAACAAUGAAGCUGUUCCACAAUCGUUAAUUGUUGAUCCUAAUGGCAACGUUGAAGAACAAGAUCCUGGAAACCAUCACGUCUCAUUUAUCCCUGAAGAUCAACAACCGCAAACAAAUGCUCAAUACGUAUUUAACUACAAUCGUGAUAUAGGUCAAGUUAAUAUUCCAAGUUCAUCAUCGCAUUUUAAAAGUACUUUGAGGAACUCACCAAGAGGUUCUACUGGAGGAAUUAGGAAUGUAGUAAUUCUAAGCACUCCAAAACCUGAAAUCUCACCCAAACUAUUAUUUGAACCUGCUCAGUCGUCCCAUAGUGAUGAAAUUGGUCCAAAUGAUUUAAAUAAUCAAUUAUUGUCGAGUGAUAUUCAAACUAAUGAUCCACAACAUAGUUUUUACCAUAAUAGUGCAAACCAUACAACACCACAAGUAGUUUAUUUUGUCCAGCACCAGAAUACUCAACCAGAAGGAAACUUUAAGGGAGUCCCAGACUAUAAAAGUGUGACAAAGGACCCUAUGACUGAAGAUCAACAGGUUAUAAUUAACAAUCAUUUACCUAAUAUCGGUGAACAACUUCCCCAACCUGAAAAAUUAAUACUGGCCAACAGCGAACAAUUAUCAUCCACAAAUAACUUAAAUUCAAUAUCAACUGAAAAAAGUGCAUUUGAUAAUGCGAUUGAUACAAAAGGUGAAAAUGGACAGCUUUUUGAAACAGCUGCUUUGAUCAAAUCGCCUAACAAAAUUGUCCAAUUAAACCAACCCAGCGAAAAUAUAAACAAUAUAGAGUUUGGUAGAAAAAUAAAAGUACACACUUCUACACAACCUACACUUAAUAAACUGAUAGAGUCUACCAGACAUUUAGUUUCGGGAGCGGAUGUGUUAAACAUCAACGAAGCUGUUGGUCACGGUAAUGUUGCUGAAGAAGAAAUAGAAAAUAGUACCUUGGGAUCCCUGCUUGAAAAAUAUAUUACCCCUUCUCUACUACACGAAGCUAGUAACAAUGAUAUUAAUCAACUGCAAAUUGUCUCUUCCACAACUGUAUCUCCUCCAGCAUCUCAUACUUAUACUAGCUUUCUAAAAACACCAAUUAUCGCAGCUGAGUCAAACGAAGAUAAACCUGUAACGGAAAAAACCGAAGAGAAUAUAGAAGAGUACGCGACUACAGCUCGAAGUUCACUUGCUAGCAGUACUACUGAUUUUUCGAAAGGAAAAGACGCAACGAUAGUAACUCCCAGGCCUGUGAGUUCGAAAUUUUUAGCUCCAAUAACUGCCGGUAUUCAGUUACAACACAUCGAAGAACAAAUUUUUGAUGAUUCUAAGACGCUAGAAAGCGAAGAAGACCUAGAAAAAGAAAAUGUCUACGUACAAGUACAGAAAACCAUUCCGUAUUAUCUAGGCAUGUAUCAGUACCCUACAGAACCAAGUUUUUCAAGUAACAACGAAAGUGAAACAGAUGAUCAAUCUGCUGUGCAAAAGGCAACCGAUAACAUUGAAAUAGGCAAAACGCUCUUAUAUUUUCCAAAUCAAGAAAGUUCAAAUAUUCAACCAAUUGCAGAACUAUUGUCACAAGAAAUUCAGUCUAACCAACUAAAAAAUAUUAACAAUAUUGAAGAACAAUCUAAAGAUAUUCAAGAGAUUGUAACAAAUGAACAAAAUAAUCAAGAAUUUCAUAUAAAUAAUUUACCUUCUGAAGAAAAUCUGAGUAAUCGACAAUUUCAAGUACCUGUUGAAUUUACUAAAUACCCUGAAAACGUUCAAACUGUUGAUAGUUCCAUAACAUAUCUUCAGUCCCAAACUGUAGAUAAAGUAGUACCUAAUAUUAUAAAAGAAUCAUAUCCCGUUGAAGUUAAUGUGCCCUUACAAGUUCCAGUACCUUAUCCUGUCGAAAGAGUAAUUGAACGCAAAAUACCAGUACCCUAUUAUAUAGAAAAACCAGUCGAAAAAAUUGUAGAGAAACCCAUCGAGAAAAUUAUAGAACGUAAAAUACCUGUGCCAUAUUAUAUUGAAAAGCCGGUAGAAAGGAUUGUAGAAAAGAAAGUUCCUCAUUAUAUUGACCGGCCAUACCCGGUACAGGUGCCUACUUCUCAAGCAUACCUACUUCAAAUUCCUGGCUUGUUUAGUAAGCAGAAGUAUGGUAACUUGGUACGGCAGUCUUAUCGACCAGAAGAAGCAAUGUAUCAUUUUAAAAACACUAUCGGUGGAAGAAAACAAAUACAAGACAAAUCAAUAUCCAGCGCAUACACCACACAAGUAAACCAUGCUUUAACAGAGCAAAAUAAAUUUAAAGAUAAAGCUGAAAGACCGCGUCAGCCACUUCGAAAGCUUAAUCUGCUUGUAUUUCCAGGAGCAAAUUCUCAAUAUGCUCAAAACAUCCCAGCAGAUUUACAAUCGAGUCAGUCAUUUAGGUACUCCACUUCUCAGUUGAAUAAUGGGUACUUACCUCCAAUUUCACUGUCACAAAAUAACUGUAAAGAAACUCAGUCAUGUGCUACUCAAGCUAAUGUUUUUGAGUUAAAAAAACAAGAGGAUUACUCAGGUCUGGUGCCUCCGAAAGAUCCGGUAUCGGACUCUUCAACUUUUAGAUCAGCGAGAUCAAGGUUUGAUGAAAAAAGUAUUCGAAUGGAAUAUGGUUUUAUGCCACCCUUAAUUCCAUCUUUAGAAAUAGAUGAGCAUGGGCAACCGAUUCACAGAGAAGAUGCGAAAAUAUGAGUUAACGCUAUCUUGCCAUUAUUUGUUACAUGGAAGUUGAUACCUCGGUACACAUAUUGCUAUUAAAAAUAUGUCAGGAAAUCUACUAGGAUACUUUUCCUACUCAGGAGAAAGGCUCAUAUUGAAAAAAUACGCUUGAAAUUAUAUUCCUCAACAUGUGAACUUGGUAGCUGGUAGAACUCAUUAGAUAUCAUAGGCGCAAUUUUCUUGGUAAAUAUAUGGCAACAAA